CUUCACUGUCAAAAAGUACACAGACAUUAUUAUCAACUCCUGCUCAGUGCUUAAAGUCCAAUGGUCAGCUCGUCCUGCUUUGCCUCUGCACGGUUGCAUCGCGACUCCUGCACAAAGCACCCAGACUGCAUGAAGGCUUGAAAAAAGGGGCUCACUCGGUUUUGUUUUUUUGCUGCUGCAGUGGAGCACGUCCGUGUUGAUAUAUAAAAAGAAAAAGUUUUCAAGGCCGGUUUGAUCGCAGUCAUGUCCGGACAACCAAGAUUCGUGAGCCCGUUUCAAAGACCUCAGUGUCUGGCUGCUGCAGCUGCUGCUCCGGCGGGGAAACCCACAUUUACGCACCCUGGCAAAGCUAUCCUGGCAGGAGGCAUUGCAGGAGGAAUAGAGAUCUGCAUCACUUUCCCCACAGAGUACGUAAAAACACAGCUGCAGCUCGACGAGAAGGCGAAUCCUCCCAAAUACAAAGGCGUUGGUGACUGUGUAAAGCAGACGGUGAACAGUCAUGGGGUGAGGGGUCUGUACAGAGGUCUCAGCUCUCUGCUCUAUGGCUCGAUACCUAAAGCAGCUGUCAGAUUUGGAGUGUUUGAGUUCCUUAGUAAUAAGAUGCGGGAUGAGAGCGGUAAACUCGACAGCAAGCGAGGAUUCUUCUGUGGUCUCAGUGCUGGAGUGGCCGAGGCUGUGGUCGUAGUCUGUCCUAUGGAGACAGUAAAGGUCAAAUUCAUACAUGAUCAGACAUCAGCGAACCCAAAGUACAGGGGAUUUUUCCAUGGAGUGAGGGAGAUUAUUAGAACUGAAGGCCUCAAGGGAACGUAUCAAGGUUUAACGGCCACAGUGCUGAAACAAGGCUCCAACCAGGCGAUCCGCUUCUACGUCAUGACUUCACUGAGGAACUGGUACAAAGGCGACGACCCCAACAAAUCCAUUAACCCUCUGAUAACUGGAUCGUUCGGAGCCGUUGCUGGAGCUGCUAGCGUGUUCGGAAACACUCCGCUGGAUGUCAUUAAAACCAGAAUGCAGGGUCUUGACGCUCACAAGUAUAAAAGCACACUGGACUGUGCCGUCAAGAUCAUGAAGCACGAGGGACCAAAGGCGUUCUACAAAGGUACUGUGCCUCGGCUGGGUCGGGUGUGUAUGGACGUGGCCAUAGUCUUCAUCAUCUAUGAGGAAGUUGUGAAGAUCCUCAACGUAGUUUGGAAGACGGACUGAAAAAAACGGGGACACGACGGUGCUACACGAGCAGGCAGGAGUGUUAGGACGAAGGGCCGCUCACACACUUUAACCUUAACAAACGGCCCCCGGUCCCAAACCAAUCUCCUUAAAAACCCUGCUACUAGGUUCUAAUAUCUACCUCUAAGUGAUUCACAGAAAGAAAGAAAGAAAGGGAUUGGUAUUUUCUUGAUUUUAUUUAUAACAAAACUAUAACAAGUCGGAUCUGCAUGAAAAAAAAGAAUAAAUGCUUACACUUUAAAUUCCAGAGGGUGGCGGGUGGUAGGGGGGGGGGCGUUCCUUAAGAGCUCAGGGAGAGGAACAAAGGUGUUUUUAUUUAGGACUAGACCUGCUUGACUAGAGAAAUGGGAACACUGUCACUGGUAAAGAGGAGUGUGUCUCAACUACAGCACAGCGCUUCGAGUUAGGUGAUACAAACGCUGUACGUACUUAAUGAAAGAGAAACCAACACCCAACCCAACAUAAUGUGAUUUAGACACUAUAGACAAAGAAAUUAUACUUGAAGACGAGUGAUGAUACCAGAGAUCAUACAUUUUAAAAGCCCUUUUUUUUUUUUUUUUUUUUAAUAUGCAAAUAUUUUAAUUUUUGUUUUUUCUUUUUAAUUCAUUCUCUACCUGAUGUCAAAAAUCUUUAAUUCAGAUGUAAAAUGCUGCAGAGGCUGAAGGGCACACUAAGAACUUAAAUGCCUUACUUUAAAUCAAGAUUAAAUUAAAAAUGUAUCGCGAUUGCAGGAUUCACAAAUACAGAUGCAGGUUUAUUUAAAAAACAAAACAAAUGAUGUCACAUUUUUUUUUCAAAUGCAUAUUUUACACAAAAAAAACGUUCACAAUAGUUCACUUUUUAAGUUGCAGGUAUUGUUUUAAAAUCUAAUUAACGUACUAGUUUGAUACUCUGAGAAGUGCCUAAUAUAUCGUAUGAUUCAUUUUGAGAUCUUUUGAGAUUAAGAAUGAUUGAAUGUUGUAUGUACUUAGUCACUACACAUCUGUUAACAAAACACACGCACAUGCAAACACUGCAGUGAUGCCAGAUGUUUAAUUCCAGGCGUUGUCUGAGGUAUAUCAGAAUUAUGUAUAGAUCUUCUCAAUCCAUCGUAACUGCUAGUAUUUCAAUCAUAUUUCUGCUUCUAAAAUGUUUAUUUGCCUUUAUUUUCAUAGACAUGCCUGUUUGAGAAAUGCCAUAUAUUAUUAUAGUAGUGCCUUCCAUCUCAUUCCAGUGGAGGACGAGUGGUUCGGGAUAGAUUUUUAUUGCAGAUUCAGUUUUAAAUUUUUUUUUUUUUUUGGAACUAUGUGAUAUUAAUUGCCUUUUACUUUUAUAUCAACUGAUAAUCCAAUGUGCCAACUGCUGCUCAGAGAUAUACAAAUAAUAUCAUGUUAUAGACUGGAGUUUGUGAAUCUGGCACGUUUACAUGCAAAUGCAGUCAGUUGUUGUUUUUUGCUCAUCAUCACACAGUUAAUGUGUUGGACGCACAAUGUUUACUUUAAGCUACAUAUUGUCAGCUUCAGCUUCAACGUGAACUUGCAUACAUGUAGACAUGUGUCAGAUAUUUAGAUAUAUCUUUUGGAGUUUUCAUGUUAAAGGAGAGAGGGUUAGUCAUGUUUCAAGUCAGUAUUAAAACAACAGUUUGAAACCUUUUUUUCUUGCUGUAAUCAUUCCUCCUGUUCAUACUGACUGUUAGAAGAUCCCUUUAUAAUGCACUUACAAUAGAAGUAAUGGAGGACUAAAUCCAUAGUUAAAAAUGGAUUUAAAAGUUGAUCUGAAGCUAGUUUGAGUCACCCAAACUAGUCAAAUCAAGUGUGCAUCUUCUAAAAUGACCAUCUUUUUUAAUGUAAAAUUCCCUCUUUUUGUUUCCCUGUUGAUGUAUAGCAACAAAAAGAGGGACAUUUGUACUAAAAUAUCUGGAACUUUGGUAGAUGUUGACUGGAUUUGACUAAUUUGGAUAGCUUUAAACUAGCUUUAGAUAACGUUUUGAGUAUAUUUUUGCACACAAUGACUGGAUUUUGCCCCCACAUCUCUUUCAUUGUAAGUGCAUUAGGAACAGAUCAUCUAAUAGUCAGUAUGAACAGGAAUUCAUAUGUGCACCUGACUGUUGUUUUAAGAGAGACUUGGAAAAAAAAAAAAGUGUGACGCUUUCCUUUAACACAUGAAAUUUCCCCAGUAGUGAAAAUCCAGUAUUGUGCCUUCAGUCUAAUGAAUUCUAAUAUGUAUGCUCACAAAUAAACAUUGGAUCAGACUGUUUAA